UCCUGGAGGAACCGAGUCUCUUCCCUGUUGCUGCCGCUGAUUUUGUCCUUCCGGUAAGCGCAUUUGAUUUAUAUUGAUGACCUUUAUUUACUUGCGGAUUUAUAUUAGUUAGGUAUAGAGAGGUGUUGAAUCAUUUUUUUUGUUCAGUAGCUGUAUAGUAUCACUUGGAUCAUCUCCUCCGUCUUUAUCUCAAUGAUCGAUUUGCAUUCUAUCUGAUCUAUUUAAUAAUUAUUUCCGAUGAACACGCGCGUACUGGUAGCUAGUUUCUUGUAUCAUCUUCGAUCUUUGUGUCGCAACCAAUAUUGAUGAGUUGAAUGUCUCGGCAUUCUAGCUAGCUUGUUCGUUACUGAUUCUGAUCUUAAGCUAUAUAAGGAAAGGAAAUCACGCAUGCAUAUCUACCUUUUUGUUUCGAAAGAGAUUUAUUUCGGUUAGAUAUUGCAGAUCGGGGAAGUUUGUGAAUGGAUAGUGACAAAUUGAAUUCAGGGAUCGGAGUAUGUAGUAAAAACGAUAUCAGAUGGGUUUGCUCACUCAACGACUCUGAACUUGAUUUCGUAAUUAGUUUGAAAGUGAUGCUUCUGAGACGACCAAAACAAAUGGCUUCCAACAAUUUUGAUUUUAAGUUUCUCCGCGCUCUCAGUUUUAUUAUAAUGAAUAAACUUAAAGGACAUCUUGAAGUGAUGCCAGCUGGUUCUAUUGGGUCUUUGGAUAAUUGUAAAUUGCUAAAGUUUGAUAAUGACACUAGUUUCAAAAACUUAAGCAUUCAAGAGUUGGAGACGUAUAUUUGCACCGAAAAGAGGAAAAGACUGCUCUCCAAGUUGUUGGAAGACAUGCCUCCCGGCCAGAAGCCGAGAACCGCGAGCUAUAUGUAAUGGAACUGAUACACCCACCAUGUUAUUACUACGUAUAUCCAAAAUGGUGAAAGUCAUUACUGUGAUUAUACGCUUGUUUGGCAAACCACCUAUUAAGGCUUUUUUGAUGGCCGGAUUGAUCAUGUCAAACGGCUUAUGUAUUCGGUGUACUAUACUUCUAUUGCUUAAUGGACAAACUCUUAGAAAAA